AUGGAGAUCUGCGAAGGAGGAGAAGUAAAGGAAGAGGAAAGAAAAGUGACGGGAAAUAAGAAGAAAAGAAAGAGGAGGAGGAAAAGAAAAAGGGAAAAGAAAAGAAAAAUGAAGAUUCUCAAGCGCAAGGACAGUGAUGCUGGUGAAAAGGUGGCGGAAUUUCAAGGCUGCCCAAUCGCACGGUCGCUGACGGGUAUGUUCACAAUUUUGGGCCUGUGCAGUAGCAGCCAUGCACCGGCUGCGACUUUGAUGAGCCACCGGCCGUCGCACACCGACGUGCAGCCGCGGGUAGAGGCGACCAGCAGGGCACGCGUCGCCGGGGCUGGGUCUCGGCUAACCUCGGGUUUUGACCAACGACGUGGAGCAUGGUCUGUUAGCAUCAUUCCGGAAUGCGAAUAUGUAGUUUUCAACACAGCAAAGUUAUCAGCUAUGUUGCCAAGUAAUGGCUUGGAAGGUCUUCAGUGGGAUGUGUUUGCAAAGAAAGCCGGAAUUUGGGGUGCUUCAGAUUUCACUAAUAAUGAAUUGUUGGACCAUGGUAACACUACAAAAGGUACUACAGACCACCUCUGGUAUACAACAAGUUUACAAGUUGAUGUGAAUGACGAGAUAUUGAAAAAGAACAGUUUUGAGGAGUUGUCCAGUAUGAAGACUGCA